AGCGCUUGUUAUUACUGGGUGGCUAGGCCAGGCCUGGUCAAGGUACGCCGUGGAAAGUGAAUGCCAGAUGGAUCACCAAGCCAGCCAUCACCAUCAUCUCAGCCAAUACCUGCUCGACACACCUUCGAUCUCUUUCACGCCGUGCAGCACUGCUCAACGAAACCUGCAUUCCCGUUGACUGCUGUCAUCAGGGCCAUCUUUUCUUCGCCUUUGCAUCAUCUCUUCUUUUGGCAUCAAAUUCAUCGCCAGACCCUUCAUCGCGAACUCUUCGUCAAAUCGAGAUGCCGCUGCGCAUCAAAUAAAUCAAAUACUCUCGAUUGCAUCUGCAACCCAACAUACCCGAACCCACGAUCGCAUCAUUUCCGCCAUCUUCCAGCAGGUUGUUGGGAUCUUCUAGCCUCACAUCAUUGUUCGUCAUGUUCUCCCCAUCCAACAAAGAUGGCGGCCCAGCCACCGCGACUCGCUCACGCCGUCGACAACGCCCUUUGAGCUCGGAACAUGCUGUCGCGCAGCCCAAGGCCAAACGACAAAGGCUGCCCUUGACGGAGCAGACCUAUACGAACCCAGAGGCCCGACCACCGCCGCAAAAGCAUCACCGCCAAUUGCGAUCGCGAGAAAGCAGUGCUGCCGUCGAGUCGAAGCAGGUGUCCGAGCCCGUGCCUCAUCAGGACAUUGAGAACCACCGCGUCACUCAACGUCGAGAGUCUGGCGUGCGUGCGAAGAAACCCAAGCAUGGUGAUAGAGCUGCUAACAAGGGCGAUGGAAGCUUGGUUCUGACAAGCACCAAUGCCUACACGGUCAGCAAGCUGCCCGCUUUGCCGGACAGGAUACGCUCGGACUCCAAUCUUGAGCUUCAAGGUGAAAUCGCCUGCGCUUUCGGCUACGCCCUCACCCUCACCCACACCCAUGCCAUCGUCUGGCCUUACACAUCGACAUCGCAAUCGCCAGAGACCUUUACCUUCAAUCUCCCUUCGAGCUCGAAACAUGGCGAACCUCUUCCCGUCGGGUGUCUUGUCUCCCCAUCUGCCGCCGCGUCAGAGCCGGGCCUGCUUGUAGUGAUGGCUGGAAGUGGGAAGAUCGUCUAUUGGGAAUCGAUCUCGAGCGCGGCAACAUUCGCGUUCAUCAAGAAGGAGCGCACCGGCGUUGAAUCAGUCAUCUCAGGUAUGACACACGGUGAAAAGGUCGACGCGAUUACCAAUGCCGAAUCCGCUGGUUUUGUGUUGACUUUCAACACCGGCCGCCUCGCCUACCUGAAUGCGCGCGAUGGACACGGCCGACCAUCCAUUUCCGUGCAAUUUCUACGAUCCGCCCUUGCACCGUCCGGCAGUGGCUUCUUCGGGAGCAUCCGUCGCGCCUUCUCGAACUUGUCUAUCCGCGGCGAUGUUGCGGCCGUUCGUGCCGAUCGGUCGAACAGAGUCGGCGAAAGAAACAUUGUCGCCUUGGGCAGCAAAGGCAAGAUCCAAGCGUGGAAAAUCCACCGUGGAGGUCACAAUGAGCCUUUGGGAGACAUCGACAUGCGCGACCAGAUCGUCUCGGCUCUGUACGAGUCUGACCCGAAAAGUGAGGACUAUUCAGCGGAUUCGUUCGAAGCUCUGGAUCUCGUAUUCGUGCCCAAGGGUCUCGAGCCAAAGUACCUGCAACUCAGUAAGCUGAGCGACGCCAUGGCUUCAGACGACUCUGAUGUACAACAUUUGCUUCUGCUUGUUGGUCUGAACAACAACCAUUCGGCAAGAUAUGCAUUGGUGGAGAUCAUUCUCACUGCGACUGAGGGCCAUACUGGUAUGGUCCGCCCGCUCACGUCCUAUUCCACACCCAUUUCUCAUGGGGAUGUCGCUCGACCGACCAAACCGAGGCUCUAUCUGCCGCGACCAGCGCUUGUGGCUUUUGUCGUCUUUGAUCGCGCUGCUGUCAUCGCUUCCGUCGCGAUACAGCCCGAAUCUCCGGAGGCGCAAUUGCAGUCGGAUAGCCAUAUCCUUCCGUCGUCAUUUGAAGAUGUUGUCGAUUUCAAAGAAGAUAACGCCCACGAGAUCCUGGGCUCCGGCUUCGAAGAGCUGCCCCCAGCGUACGCCACCGAAGAGAACCGAAACCAGCGCCACAAGACGAAGAAUCCGGCGGCAAUGCUGCUUGUGCGUGGCGCUGGUGUGAUUCGGCUGGUAACCACGGAUAUCGACAAGUUUGCGAGCGAAAAGCCGCCGACUGUUACAGCAAAGAGCAAGAUGGAGCAGGCAGUGUUCUUUGGUGUGAAGCAGGAAAACCCCUUAGUCUUCGAUGCGCGCCAAGAGGUCUCGUUUUCCAAUCAGGAGCUCUGCGAAGCUGCCCUUGAAGUGAGCAGUGAGGUUCUGAGCUCCACCACAACUUUCAUUGCAACUCUACCAGCCCACUUGGAAGAGAAUUUGAGGGCGCGCGCCAACGCCUUGGAACGUCUCAUGGACUACCUGCGUACUACCAAAGCCAAACUGGACCGGGCAACACGAUGGGGACUUUUGUUUAAUGCGGAAAAGAUGCACGUGGCCGCCCUCCUUUGGAAACGCCAGGAGGCCUUCACCGCCGAACGGUCUGCCGAUGACAAGAAGAGUGUCAUUGGUUAUAUUGUCGAGUUCAUCAACGAGAAACACAAGCACCCGCCGCGGCCUGCACUGGGUGAAGUUGACCCAGUCAGGCACUGGUUCAUCAACGACAUUGACCGCAUGGAUCUCUUCGUAGCCUGGACAUACGAGGUGAUCAAGGUGUUGUAUCAAGGCAGCAUGUUGUCCGACCAACAAUUUGCGGUCAUGCUCUUUGAGGCCAUGCAGGUCCUGACCUGCUCCCACUCCAUGGCCACAAGCUUUCGCCAACACAACCUGGCCUUCUACGGACUGUCUGAUGAGGAACUUGACCACGGUAUCCUGACCCGCGGUUAUGAAGGGCUGGGUGAGCCCUGGACUGGCACGUCGUUCGCCGCCAAUAGUGCUCGACGUUUGGCUGAGUUAGCGUCCUCUUGGUCCGAGUCGCAGCUCAGGAAGGGACGUUCUGAUGCUGAUUCGAUAGCCAAACCCAUCGAACAGAAGCUGCUGCGCAAAAUCGUCGGUGCCCUGCCGGACGUGACCGACAGUAUGCUCACGGCAGUUCACGAGUUUGCUCGCUUCGCAGAGAGCUCGGGUCAUGCCGAUCACAGGCUUCGAGGCCAGGAAUUCGCAAGUACCUACGGCAAGGACAAGUACGAACGACCGAGGCUACUUGCUCACGUUUUCGACCUGUGGGAGGCAGCGGCGGGAUUGACCAAGAAACAUAGAUCAAUGAAGGGGCUGGCCUCGAUUCUCCUCGAUCACAUUGUCCAUCUCGAGGCUGUUCUGUCGGAAAAUGGCGUCGGUGACGCAGAGAAGCAACGGGCCAAAGCCGUCAUUGAGAAGAAGAAGACAGAGAUCGGAGCAAACAUGGCCCGAUUCGGCCACAAAUUUGCUUUCCCGCUUUAUGAUUACCUUGUUGAGGAGCAUGGAGCCGGAGCGGUUCUCGAUUUUGAGCUGGAUACCGCAGGCCUGAGAUCUCAGUAUCUCAGAUCGAAGAAUGAGCUUUCCAAAAUCACCUGGAUAAAUGAUGUGCAGCAAGACAAAGAUGCGGCGCACGCGUAUCAGACGCUCUUCAGAGUCGCCCUUGCUGCGGAGCAGCAAGUAUGGAACAAGAAGGUCGAGCUUAGCCUAGCACGACUGGCCCUUCUAGCCGACGCCGAGGCGGAGGCGGACAAACCUGACGGUCUCGUUGUACAGACCGAUGCCAAGCGCCGCGCCGAGGACAUCCAGAUGAUCAAGGAAGAGCGUGUCGCCGUGCAGAUGCAGGAAAUGCUCUAUGAGCAAAUCCUGCCGAGCACCGCGAAUGCUAUCGAUGACGCUGCUGCCCUGAACUUUGCAAUGGAGGUGCAUGGCAGCAACAUACCUCGGAAGCAGAAAGUAUUGCGGCAGGUCUUUGAACACGGGUUGGAGAGCCUCCUGAAACACGAGGUUGUCGAUCCCAUGACACUGAUCGAUCUCCUAACAUUGUUUGCACCAAACCCCGAGCUGGACGACGAAGAAUACGCAGACCCCUUCUGGAUGGCUCUCCAGGUUGCAGAGUCGUCUUGCCCGGGCGACGUAGCGAAUGACGCCAAGCGAUUAAUCUGGAGGCGCCUGUUGAUCCGGGACGAUUGGGCGAAGCUAAACAACACGAAUCUCAAGAACGACGAGGAAGUCACCGCAAGCUUCAUGGGUACCGCUCUAUACUCUUGCCUGUACCAUUGCAUCGUCAAACACGACGCACGUGAGCCCUUCCAGCCCCCGAGACCUCAGGAUGUACUGGGUGUCUUCACGGAGCAGCUUGAUAGUCGCUUCGCCAAGUUCGGCGCCGACGACCAGGCCAAGCUCCGCGAGGCUAUGAAGCAGGAAGACAAGCUUCUCACAACGGCCAUGGAGAAACAUCGCCUGCCGGAGUGGUUCCGCACAGUCUUUGACGGGGCCACUACGCAGGUUCGGAAUUAUAUCGACGACCAGACGGCAGCUGGCGCGUUGAUGCAGGACGGCGCCGCUUAGUUAGAUAAGGAAUGAUCUCCGAGGGUUCAGAGGGAGUGGCUGUCACAGGAGUUCGGUGUACGCAACGUGGCUUUUGGGAGGGAUUCCCUGUAUGAUAGGCUCUUGUACAUGGCUUGCAAGAGACUCGGUCGGGAGAUAACGAGGACGGUUGUAUAUGGCGCAGGUUUCUUUCGUACUUUAUCAAAAAGAUCGACCGAGGGGAGCGGGAUCUCUCGGUGGACUCCCUCUCCACAGAAUAACUGGCUUUUCCAUCUGUGCAUACACGGAGGCUAGGAAAUACAUGCGGCGCGUGUGCCACAGCAGCAAAAUGUUCGCUC